UGGGAGGACCCUUCAACUGUUUACCCUUAGCAAUGUGACAGUAGUUACACCGCGUUAGCGUGUAGAUUUUGCCUUACUGAGUUAGGUAGGCUUUGAGUCGUGCAGAGUAGUAGCUAUUGAAUAUAUUGAACCAUGUCUGCAAUUCUGAAAGCAAUUAACAUCCAAUUGCGAAGAAAUAUAAACGCGCAUUCAUGUUUGUGGCGACUUCCCCAGCGAACCAUAAGCUGCACCUCGCAAAAACGUGCAGAGGAGGGGGACCAUGGCGCCACUGUGCUGGGGAAGAGAUGGAAGGACACUGCAGAAACGGUGGUCAUCGGAGGGGGCUGCGUGGGGGUCAGCCUGGCCUACCACCUGGCCAAAGCUGGCAUGAAGGAUGUGGUUCUUCUGGAGAAGUCUGAGCUGACGGCUGGCUCUACUUGGCACGCUGCAGGCUUGACCACGUACUAUCACCCAGGCAUCAACUUAAAAAAGAUCCACUACUACAGCAUUAAACUGUAUGAGAAGCUGGAAGAGGAGACAGGCCAGGCUGUAGGUUUCCACCAGCCAGGCAGCGUCCGCAUCGCGUCCACUGCGGCCCGAGUGGACGAGAUGAAGUACCAGAUGACGCGGACACACUGGCAUCCCACACCCCAGUUUCUGAUCGGACCUGAGAAAGUCCAUGAGCUCUUCCCUUUGCUGAACAUGAAUAAGGUGUUGGCUGGGCUCUACAACCCUGGAGACGGGCACAUCGAUCCCUACUCCCUCACCAUGGCCCUCGCAGCGGGCGCGCGCAUGUACGGCGCGCAGAUAUACAACCCGGCGCCCGUCACCGCCCUCACCCCCACAUCUGACGGCAAGUGGGACGUCCAGACGCCGCACGGGACCAUCCGGGCCAACCGCAUCGUCAAUGCCACAGGUUUCUGGGCCCGGGAAGUGGGGAAAAUGAUUGGCUUUGAGCACCCCACCAUCCCUGUCCAUCACCAGUACGUAGUGACAGCGACGGUGCCAGAGGUGAAGGCCCUGAAAACUGAGCUGCCUGUGAUCCGGGACCUGGAGGGCUCGUAUUACCUGCGGCAAGAGCGGGACGGCCUGCUCUUCGGACCGUACGAGAAGGAGGACAAGAUGGUGCUGCAGGACUCCUGGGUCAGAGAUGGAGUACCUCCAGGCUUUGGGAAGGAGCUGUUUGAGUCAGAUCUGGACAGGAUCAUGGAGCACGUUGAGUUCGCCAUGGAGAUGGUGCCUGUCCUGAAGAACGCUGACAUCAUCAACAUUGUGUCCGGCCCCAUCACAUACACCCCAGACCUCCUGCCGAUGGUGGGACCUCACCAGGGUGUCCGCAACUACUGGACGGCCAUCGGCUUUGGGUAUGGAGUGAUCCACGCAGGAGGGAUGGGCAAGUUCCUGAGCGACUGGAUCAUGAAUGGGGAGCCUCCUUUCGACUUGAUUGAGUGUGACCCCAACCGCUACUCCAAGUGGACCACGGUGCCCUUCAUGUGCGCCAAGGCCAGGGAGUCCUACGGUUUCAACAACGUCGUGGGGUAUCCAAAGGAGGAGCGCUUUGCAGGCCGUCCCACACACAGGGUGAGUGGGGUGUACGACCUUCUCAAAUCCAAAGCCUCCAUGGGCUUCCAUGCCGGCUGGGAGCAGCCCCACUGGUUCUACAAACCUGGAGACAAUGUGGGAUACAAGCCCAGUUUCCGGCGGACUAACUGGUUUGAACCGGUCGGGAGGGAGUGCAAGCUGGUGAUGGAGAAGGUCGGGGUCAUUGAUCUGACACCCUUUGGGAAGUUCAUGGUCAAGGGGAAGGACUCUGUUAAGCUGCUCGACCGUCUCUUUGCCAACGUCAUGCCAAAGGUUGGCUUGACCAACAUCAGCCACAUGUUGACCCCUACAGGAAGAGUGUAUGCAGAGGUAACCGUAACCCAGCUGGCCCCGGGAGAGUUCCUCCUGAUCACCGGGUCUGGGUCCGAGCUCCACGACCUUAGGUGGAUUGAAAGGGAAGCGGCAGAAGGCGGUUAUGAUGUGGAUAUCACCAAUGUAACAGAGGACAUUGGGGUGUUGGGCGUAGCGGGACCCAGUAGCAGGAAAGUCCUUCAGAAGCUGACAGAUGAAGACAUGAGUGAUGCUGCCUUCAAAUUCCUCCACUGCAAAUCCAUCAAAGUGGCAGGGGUUCCUUUGAGAGCCAUCAGGAUAUCUUACACAGGGGAGCUGGGCUGGGAGCUGUACAUGGACAUGAAGGACAUGGCCGCCGUGUACCAGGCCAUCAUGGAGGCCGGGCAGAAGGAGGGCAUUGACAACUUUGGCACCUACGCCAUGGCUUCCCUGAGGCUGGAGAAGGGCUUCCGAGGCUGGGGGGCGGAGAUGAACUGCGAUACCAACCCCUUGGAAGCUGGCUUGGACUACUUCAUCAAAUUAAAUAAGCCCGCAGACUUCAUAGGGAAGAAGGCCCUGCAGGAGAUCAAGGCAAACGGGCUGAAGCGCAAGCUGGCCUACCUCACCAUGGACACCGAGGACAUCGACCCCGAGGGCAACGAGACCAUCUGGCACAAGGGCAAGGUGGUUGGCAACACAACCUCGGGGGCCUACAGCUACACCACUCAGCAGAGCUUGGCCUUCGGAUACCUGCCAGUUGAGCUGGCCUCCGUGGGCCAGAAGGUGGAGGUGGAGCUUCUGGGCAGGAAGUACACUGCCAUGGUGGUCCAGGAGCCUCUGGUCCUGACGGAACCGACCAGAACUCGGCUGCAGAAGAAAGCGAAGAGGACGUCGUAGUGAGGCCCGCGGCAGGCCGGAUCCUGGGUCAGCUGACCCUUGUGCACCCCACACCAGCACACCGGAAGAGGGCAAAAAAAAAAAGCAGACUGAUAAGCUCUAACUGUCACAGAAUCAACCUCCACUUCUUGUUGGUGGCCUGGCUGUGGAAGAGGUGAAAGGAAGGGAAUGGUGACAACAGCAUUCGCCCAAUACAUUUUAGAGUGUAGGAACAAGGGAAAAGCACCGGGCAUGCUCUGAAAACCAACAUUUAAACAUCUGUGACAUCUGUGCUGUCUUUUUAAAACAUACAGUAUGGCAGAAAUAAUGCCAUCUGUAAAUUCCAUUAAAUGUCUUACCAAUUGGGGUUACAUUACAAAUAGCCACCUCAGUAAGGUUGUUUUUGCACCUGCCACAUUGAACGGUGCUGGACUUUUAUCUGCUUUGAUUAUUAAUGCACUAUGUACUAGUACUUGUGUACUUGAGCCAAUACAUGGUAAAUGCUUUUGCAUAGUUUUUAACUGAGGCAGGCGCAAGGUAAUUAUCAAUGAUGAAAAGCUCAGGGAGAAAGAAAUCUCAUUACUAUAAAUAUAAAUCUGGAG